CUAGACCAGUGGGAUUAUUACCAUGGUCACACAAAAAACAAUUCACUUGAAUUUAGAUCGCAAUGAAUCACUGUAAACCAAAAUCAGCACGUGAGCCCUUAUUAUAUAUUUUGUCUGAGUAGGGAAUUAGAAAACUGGAUUAGUCAAACCUGUUCUUCAGUUAGCACAAGCUAAUUCAAUAAAGGAGUUUUCAAAACUUGAAACUUCCUCUGGUGCCUAAAGUGCUCUAAUCGAAGUCCCGUGAUAAAUGAAAUCAAAGCACAUGUAUAUAAAAUUAUUUCUGUAAUCAAGUGGCGUUCUGAUCAGUGCGAAAUGAUAGUCCAUAAUCAGGGAUAACGGCCUUUCGUACGUCUUUGAGAUUAAGAUUAACCCAUUGAGGGGCCAAUAAAUCCUCACUCAGUUGGUUGAAAUACGUCAGUGGCGAAAAUAGUGGACCCCGAGAAACAUGCAAAUCCGUUUGGCUUUAGUUUCUCUGCUGAUGCUUAUUCAGGGAAGGUCGUUUAACUGCCUGGAUUUGGGUCAUGGCAUCGAUGGACGAAUUUCUGGUGGGAAAUUAGCCGAGGCUAAUCAGUUUCCCUAUCAAGUUGGUUUGAGUAUUGAGGAACCCAACGACCUAUUUAGCUGGUGUGGAGCUAGUUUGAUCUCAGAACGAUAUCUGCUAACGGCAGCACAUUGCGUUGAAAAGGCUGUCGCAAUUACGUACUAUUUGGGUGGAGUGCUGCGUCUAGCACCGCGACAGCUUAUCCGGAUGACUAAGCCCGAAGUGCACCUGCACCCUGACUUUGAUUGUCAAACCCUGGAUAACGACAUCGCCCUGCUACGAUUGCCGGAGGACGCAAUUAUCUGUGAUUCUAUAAGACCCAUCCGGUUGCCAGGAAUUUCCUCCAGAAGUGUUAGUUACGACUACGUCCUAGCUGUUGCAUCCGGUUGGGGCCGCAUGAAUGACGAAUCUACCGCCAUUUCCGAUACCUUGCGCUAUGUUGCCCGCUUUGUGGAAUCCAAUGAGGAUUGUAUUUACUGCUACACCAAUAUAAAAUACAGUAAUAUUUGCAUGGACACAACCGGGGGCCAAUCAACGUGCACUGGCGACUCCGGCGGACCGCUGAUCUACAACGACCCCACGCAAAAUACUGACGUACUGAUUGGCAUUACAUCGUAUGGCAAAAAGUCGGGUUGCACUAAGGGUUUUCCAUCGGUUUUCACACGCGUCACCUCCUAUUUAGAUUGGAUAGGCGAGGUGAGCGGGGUUAUCUAUUCAUAGACCAGCCCUUGAUAGCUGAUCAAACAGUGCUGGGCACUGCAAUUAAAUUAAAU